CACCAGUGGAUCUGAUGACUGCGGUGCCAGGUAUCAGCCACAUUAUUCCCCGGGUUGAAGCAUGAUCAGAAGAUUUCCAAGUCUUACCGGCCAAAGUAUUCGCCAAACUUUAGAGCUUCCUCGACGAGCAGAAUUGGCGAAAUCUUGACCAUGGAAGGCGACAGCCUUGCGCUCUGUCACGAACCGAGCAAGCUCGUCCAUGCCAGCGCUGCCCAAGGCGCUGAGUGACUUCCUCUUUACCUUAGUACCAAGAGUGGGGGUGAGGUGAGUUACGGUGGUGCCCUCGGAGAGAAGGUUCUUGUACGAGAUUUCGGCAUUCUUGCCGUGCUCGCAGUGCUCGAAAGCCUCCAAUGGGGGGGCUUUCACCCUGGCUUCCAGGUAGAGGGGUAAUGGGAAUACUGCAGAGGACGAUCAAGUCGGUAUUGGCUCCAUGGAACAGCAAAAUAUGUCCACCCUUUCCAUUCGCAGGGCUUGAUAAGUUGCACCUUAGCGGCCUGGAAGCUUCUUUUAUCAGAUCACUCAGCUUCUUUGUUGAAGGCAACAAGGGGGGGGUUUUCAUAGACGCCUCUGUGAUGCACAAACUUGAGCUUCACGGGGUUCACCCUGGUAUAGUCUGCAGUGAGCAGUUUCCUCCUACCAGUCAGGACGGGUGCCUGAUUCCUUCUCUAAAAAAGUACAUGGCAUUAAACCCACCUCCUCGAGCUGUUGUCCGAAACGAAAUGGGUUCAUCGUCCGCAGGUUUGAUAGGAGAUGCCCAUGAUGCAGGCUAUGGAUGAUAUUGCGUGAGCAAGUUAUGUUCAAUUCAAGAUUGUUGCCCAGUAUGAGUAAUGCAAAUAGGGCUCAGGAUUACGGCCUAUUGCUUUCAACUCAAUGCGAACCGGUGCCAAUCCGGUACCUUGUCGGAGGACACGAACGGCUGUUAAGUAAGGGUGUAAGAGGGGUGUAAGAGGGGCUGUUGUCUGGGCCUCCAGAAGUCAACCGAGGAAGUGUACUCACAGACCGCUUAGCCGUCUUACCAAGCCAGCAAGGUAUGCGUUGUCAUUCAGAGCGUCUGGGGAGCAAAUGUCGCGUUCUAUAGGCGUGCGCAUCAUUGAGCAUUGUUAUGAGCA